AUGGCCGACUUCAGCUCGUCCCUCGGUUUUAUUACCGAUAAUGCGGUCUCAUCAAUGCUUAAAGAUGCAUAUGAUGCCUUUUCGGAACGAAGAGAAGCCCUUGGGUUGACGAACCCCGGGACAGUCGAAAACGUCUCCCGUGAAGUGCAGAAAGAUGUCCUGCUUUCUAAUUUCAUGUUCACCGGUCUCCGGGCAGAUUUGACGAAAGUCUUCGGUGUUUCUCCUCUGUUCCGAGUCUCGCACGCUUUUACAAUGGGCUCCCAAGGGAAUUUACCCCCAUACGCCUUUUCUUCAAUGUUCGGCACUCCCAACGUGCUUAUGCAAGGCAACAUUGGUAGCGAUGGAGCUCUUAACGCCGUGUGCAACUAUCGUUGGAAUUCCGCGCUGGUCACAAAAGCCAACGCUCAGAUUAUGCCUGGUGCGGCUCAAGGCAUUAUUCAAAUAGAUAAUGAUUAUACCGGCUCAGAUUUCUCCGUUUCAAUCAAAUCAUUCAACCCGUCAUUUCUCGAGGGCGGCCUUACCGGAAUAUACAUUGGAAGCUAUCUGCAAUCUAUCACCCCAGGAUUAGCUCUUGGGUUGGAAGCCAUGUGGCAGCGCGCCGGAUUGAAUGCUCGUCCCGAGACGGCCAUCUCAUAUUGUGCAAGGUACAAGGGGCAAGACUGGAUUGCAAGCGCUCAAUUGCAAGCUCAGGGUGCAAUCAAUGCGUCCUACUGGAGGAAACUUUCCGACAAGGUCGAGGCUGGUGUCGACAUGAACCUACAGUUUUCACCAAGCGGAAACCCAAUGAUGGGAGGCGGUCUCCAAAAAGAAGGAACAGCGACUGUUGGAGCCAAAUAUGAAUUUAGGGCAUCGACUUUUAGGGCACAGAUUGACAGUUCUGGAAAACUAGGCUGUCUCUUGGAGAAGCGAGUCGCGAUGCCCAUCUCUUUGACAUUUGCGGGAGAGAUCGACCAAGUUAAACAACAAGCAAAAAUUGGACUUGCCGUGUCAUUCGAGACGGCAUCAGAGGAAUUAAUGGAGAUGCAAGAAAGCGGCGAAAUGUCCAACGUUGCAUCCCCCCCAUUUUAA